GCUGUAAGCCUUUUUGCUCCCCCGCCCCGCUUGCAAGCUUUCCACGAGGAUUCUCGGCCACCGCAGAAUCUCUCUCUCUCUCUCUCUCUCUCUCUGUCUCUCUCUCAGCUUUUGUCACCAAAGCCUUUCCCAGAAUUACGAAAGGUUUUCCAAGUUCGUUUUCACCGCUCGGGGAUUUAGAACCAUCUCAAUCGGUCGACAUUUGGACUGAUUAGGUGAAACCCAUCCCAUAUUGCCCAUACGGAUCAUACAUACUGCGUUUCCUCUUUCUAUCCCACUCGCGAUUUCUUCUUCUCAACUGGGUUUGAUUUUCUUCAUUUGCCUGUUCUGGAAAUUUUGUGAUUAUCUGCAAUCUUUCUGGCGGUGAUUAUGCAGAGCUCCAAAUUUUUACCCCCAAAAGAGAAGUUAAUUAUCUUGAGCGAAGCCCCCAACUGAUGUGGUUGCUAGAGGUUCAGUUGUAGACUGCACACAUGCCUGGAAACAAGUGCAACGGCAGCCCACCCAUCCACACAAGUCGAUUGCAAAGGCUUUUGGAACAAAGAGAACUAAGAAAGAGCAACAAGGCCUCUCAUUAUGCGAGUGAAAAUAACAGAGGGAUAGAUCUCGCUUUGCACGAGCUGCGGUUGAGGGAAGGUGAUAACUUGGGGGCUUCCUAUGUGCACCAAUAUCCGGACAGGGCCUUGGCUUCCCUGGGAUAUGGUGAAGGGAAUGGGAGACCCCUCAGGCAGAGACUGUUGGUGGUGGCCAACAGGCUGCCCGUCUCUGCGGUUCGGAGAGGCGAGGAGUCCUGGUCGCUGGAGAUAAGCGCUGGGGGGCUAGUCAGUGCUCUUCUGGGCGUAAAGGAGUUUGAGGCGAGAUGGAUUGGCUGGGCUGGUGUUAAUGUGCCAGAUGAGGCUGGGCAGAGGGCACUUACUAAGGCUUUGGCUGAAAAGAGAUGUAUUCCUGUGUUCCUUGAUGAAGAGACUGUUCAUCAAUAUUACAACGGAUACUGUAACAACAUAUUAUGGCCUCUUUUUCAUUAUCUUGGACUUCCACAAGAAGAUCGCCUUGCCACUACCAGAAGUUUUCAGUCCCAAUUUGAUACAUAUAAGAAAGCAAAUCAAAUGUUUGCUGAUGUGGUAAACGACCAUUAUCAAGAGGGUGAUGUUGUUUGGUGCCAUGACUACCACCUCAUGUUCCUUCCAAAAUGCCUGAAGGAACACAAUAGCAAAAUGAAAGUCGGUUGGUUUCUCCACACACCUUUUCCUUCUUCUGAAAUCCACAGGACUCUCCCAUCUCGGUCUGAGCUGCUGCGUGCAGUUCUUGCUGCUGAUCUGGUUGGUUUCCACACCUAUGACUACGCAAGGCAUUUUGUGAGUGCGUGCACUCGCAUUCUUGGACUUGAAGGUACACCUGAGGGAGUAGAGGAUCAAGGCAGGCUGACUCGAGUGGCGGCAUUUCCUAUUGGGAUAGAUUCAGAUCGGUUCAUCCGGGCACUUGAGGUUCCUAAAGUACAGGAACACAUCAGAGAACUAAAAGAAAGAUUUGCUGGGCGAAAGGUAAUGUUAGGUGUUGAUCGCCUUGAUAUGAUAAAAGGCAUUCCCCAAAAGAUACUUGCAUUUGAAAAGUUUUUGGAGGAGAAUCCGAAUUGGCGUGAUAAAGUAGUUUUGCUACAAAUUGCUGUGCCAACAAGAACUGAUGUCCCUGAAUAUCAAAGACUUACAAGCCAGGUUCAUGAAAUUGUUGGACGGAUCAAUGGAAAAUUUGGGACGUUAACUGCUGUACCAAUACAUCACCUGGAUCGUUCACUGGACUUCCAAGCGUUAUGUGCCCUUUAUGCUGUUACUGAUGUAGCCCUUGUCACAUCUCUGCGGGAUGGAAUGAAUCUCGUCAGCUAUGAGUUUGUGGCCUGUCAAGAUUCAAAGAAAGGGGUCCUCAUUCUUAGCGAAUUUGCAGGUGCUGCACAGUCUCUGGGUGCUGGAGCAAUUCUCGUGAACCCCUGGAACAUUACCGAAGUUGCUACUUCAAUUGGGCAAGCCUUAAACAUGCCUGCUGAAGAAAGAGAGAAGCGACACCGGCAUAACUUUAUGCAUGUGACCACCCAUACUGCUCAAGAGUGGGCUGAAACUUUUGUGAGUGAACUUGAUGAUACAGUUGUUGAAGCUCAACUAAGGAUAAGACAAGUUCCACCUCCACUUCCGGUCAAAGAUGCAAUUGAACAUUACUUGCAUUCCAGCAAUAGAUUACUUAUACUGGGGUUCAAUGCAACUAUAACUGAGUCCGUGGAUACUCCAGGAAGAAGAGGGGGUGACCAAAUUAGAGAAAUGGAACUUAAAUUGCAUCCUGAGCUAAAAGAACCCCUAACAGCACUCUGUAAUGAUCCAAAUACAACCAUUGUUGUCCUCAGUGGAAGUAGCAGAGCUGUCUUAGAUGAUAACUUUGCUGAGUACAACAUGUGGCUGGCAGCAGAAAAUGGGAUGUUUCUUCGGUUUACAAGAGGAGACUGGAUGACUACAAUGCCAGAACAUUUAAAUAUGGAAUGGGUAGAUAGUAUUAAGCAUGUCUUUGAGUAUUUCACUGAAAGAACACCUCGGUCACAUUUUGAACCCCGAGAUACUUCACUUGUAUGGAAUUACAAGUAUUCAGAUCUUGAAUUUGGAAGACUGCAAGCUAGGGAUAUGUUGCAACAUCUCUGGACAGGUCCGAUUUCUAAUGCAUCUGUUGAUGUUGUCCAAGGUAGCCGUUCUGUUGAAGUGCGGCCAGUUGGGGUUACAAAGGGAGCAGCAAUUGAUCGCAUAUUGGGAGAGAUAGUUCACAGUAAAUCCAUUUCAACACCAAUUGAUUGUGUCUUAUGCAUUGGGCAUUUUCUGGGGAAGGAUGAGGACAUCUACACAUUUUUCGAACCAGACCUUCCUUGCGACACGAUGGGCGCUCCAAGAACCAGGAUAAGUGAUGCAAUAAAGCCGCCUGGAGAGAGAAGACCACUCGUAAAGCUUCAAGCCAACAGAGGUGGCUCCAAAUCAUCUCAUAACAGAACGCAACGACCCCUCCCAAAUGCUGCGGACAAGAAAGCCAACAACAACAACAACAACCACCACCACCACAUGGGUGGGACUGGACGGCGGCCAUCGCCAGAAAAGAACUCGUGGAGUGUGCUUGAUCUCAAGGGGGAGAAUUACUUCUCUGGCGCAGUUGGCCGGACCCGCACCACCGCUCGGUAUCUCCUGGGGUCAUCGGACGACGUCGUCGCCUUUCUGAAGGAACUGGCCGAGUCAUCUGUCUCAAGCUCGCCACCAUGAUCUGAGCUUUAGAUUAUAUUAUAUAUAUAUAGAUAUAUCCCUUGCACAAGUUGUCCUGCGCUAGUAGUAUAUCUCUAUAUAUAAUUCAGUCUGCAUGGUUGGGCUCUUGAAAACGCUGUGUUGCUGAAAGCUUCAGAAAGAGGCAUCUUAAACCUUGGCAUUAUAACUCAGUUCUUACUUGCCAAUGCUCUCUUUCUCAAUUGUUUCCAUGGCUUCUUCUUCUCUCUACUAUUGGUAUUUUAAAUUUUUUAUUUUUUGAAUAAUGAUAUGGGUUCGGAGCCGGGACCCAAAAUGUCCUCUCAUUGGUAAUGACAAUCAUUGCCUAUGCCCAUGAAUUCAGUCUAGGAUUUCAAAUCUAUGAUCACGAUGCUUUCUCAUUGUUCGAAAGUUAUGAGUUCAAGGU